AUGGCUCCCACCAUCGAAGAGCUCGACACGACCGUCCGGGCCUUUUACGAAGGCAGGGGAGAACAGCAAAAAGCCGCCCAGAAUGCGCUGAACCAGUUCAAAGAGGACCCUGACGCCUGGUUAAUGGUGGACAAGAUCCUCUCAAGCGCACAGUAUCCCCAAACAAAGUACUUGGGUCUUCAGGUUCUCGACAAUGUCAUCUUGACGAGAUGGAAGGUUCUGCCGCGAGACCAAUGCCAAGGUAUUCGUAACUUCAUUGUGCAGUUCAUCAUUCAAUCCUCGAGCACCGAAGAGUCUUUGAAGACGAACAAGACUCUCCUGAACAAGCUGAAUCUUGUUCUCAUUUCCGUCUUGAAGCAGGAAUGGCCCCAUAACUGGCCGACAUUCAUAAACGAAAUCAUCUCUUCCUGCCACUCCAACCUUUCCAUCUGCGAAAACAACAUGAUCAUCUUGCGAUUAUUGUCCGAGGAGGUGUUCGAUUACUCGGCUGAGCAAAUGACAUCGGCCAAAACGAGGAGUCUCAAGCAGACCAUGUGCGCUGAAUUUUCGCAAAUCUUCCAGCUCUGCCAGGAGGUUCUCAACACUGCUACCCAGCCUAGUCUCGUCAACGCCACUCUGGAGACCCUACUGCGCUUUUGCAACUGGAUCCCUCUCGGCUAUAUCUUCGAGACACCUCUGAUCGAUACCUUGCGUACGCGUUUCUUAUCGGUCCCCGAGUUCAGGAACAUCACCCUACAGUGCUUGACAGAAAUCGGAGGUCUACAGACCGGCGGGCCUGGCCAACCCAAUUCAUAUGAGGAGCAGCUUGUCAAAAUGUUCACCGAGGUUCUUACAACGAUUGCGGAGAUCAUCCCAGUCUCUCUCGACCUAAAGUCGACCUAUCCCAGCAGUAACUCGAAAGAUCAAGAAUUCAUCCAGAACCUAGCACUCUUUCUCUGCAACUUUUUUGGAAUGCACCUUCAUCUUAUCGAAAACUUGCCAAAUAGAGAUUUCCUCAUGCAUGGCCACUACUACUUGAUCCGGAUAUCCCAAAUCGACGACCGCGAAAUUUUCAAGAUCACCCUCGAUUACUGGCUCAAGAUGGUCCAAGAGCUGUACGAGGAGAUGCAGUCUCUUCCAUUGACCGACGUAAACCCAUUGAUGGGUGUUACUGGCAACAUGUCUGGCAGCGGAGCCCCGAAUCCCAACACCUUAAUGAAUUACCCGCUCCGAAAACACAAGUACAACGAGAUCCUCACGAAUCUACGAGUCGUUAUGAUCGAGAAGAUGGUCCGCCCUGAGGAAGUUCUGAUUGUGGAGAACGAUGAGGGUGAGAUUGUUCGAGAAUUUGUCAAGGAAAGCGACACUGUUCAGCUGUACAAAACUAUCCGAGAGUGUCUUGUCUACCUCACGCAUCUUGAUGUUGUUGACACGGAGAACAUCAUGACGGAGAAGCUAGCACGACAGGUGGAUGGCUCAGAGUGGUCGUGGCAUAACUGCAACGUCCUCUGCUGGGCCAUUGGUUCCAUUUCCCUCUCCAUGAACGAAGAGACUGAGAAGAGGUUCUUGGUGACCGUCAUCAAGGAUCUCCUGGGUCUUACCGAAAUGAAGCGCGGCAAGGACAACAAAGCCGUGGUUGCAAGCAACAUUAUGUACAUCGUGGGGCAGUAUCCCCGCUUCUUGAAGGCACACUGGAAAUUCCUUAAGACUGUUGUCAAUAAGUUGUUCGAGUUCAUGCAUGAAUCUCACGAAGGUGUCCAAGACAUGGCUUGCGAUACAUUCAUCAAGAUCGCUCGCCAGUGCCGUCGCCAUUUCGUGGCGCUUCAGCCUAGCGAGCAAGAGCCCUUUAUUGAAGAGAUUGUGAGGAACAUGGGUAAGAUUACAUGUGACCUCACCCCUCAACAAGUCCAUACAUUCUAUGAGGCAUGCGGUUAUAUGGUUGCAGCCCAAGGCAAUCAACAUCAGCAGGAGAGGUUGCUGGCCGAUUUAAUGAACAUCCCCAACACCGCAUGGGACGAGAUUAUCAAGCAGGCGACUAUGAAUCCUUCAAUCCUUCAAGACUCUGAGACGAUCAAGGUCAUUGGCAACAUCAUGAAGACUAAUGUGUCCGCUUGCUCAUCGAUCGGUCCUUACUUCUACCCUCAAAUCGGGCGCAUUUAUCACGAUAUGCUGCAGAUGUACCGUGCCACAAGUGGCCUCAUCUCUGAAGCUGUGGCAAGGGAUGGCGACUUGGCCCCCAAGAUGCCCAAGGUCCGAGGACUGCGAACCAUCAAGAAGGAAAUCCUUAAGCUUAUUGAAACAUACGUGGACAAAGCUGAAGAUUUGCAAGCCGUUGCUAACCAGAUGGUUCCUCCCUUACUGGAAUCAGUCUUGGUUGAUUACAACCGCAAUGUGCCGGGAGCUCGUGACGCUGAAGUUCUCAAGGCCAUGUCUACUAUCAUCACAAAGCUGGGUCCCUUGAUGGAGGAGCAGGUCCCUAUUAUUAUGCAAAAUGUGUUCGAAUGCACACUGGAGAUGAUCAACAAAGACUUCUCAGAAUUCCCCGAACACCGUGUUGAGUUUUUCAACCUCCUUCGAGCCAUUAAUCUUUACUGCUUCCCUGCUCUUUUGAAACUUGAUAACAACCAGUUCAAGUUUGUCAUCGACUCCUGCUCCUGGGCUUUCAAGCACGACAACCGUGAUGUCGAGGCCGCUGGACUGAAUAUGUGCCUGGAGCUCAUCAACAACAUCGCAGAGAAGACUGAUGUUGCAACAGCAAAUGCUUUCUUCCAGCGAUUCUUUGUCAACAUUCUCCAAGACGUGUUCUUCGUCGUCACCGAUCCAGACCACAAGGCCGGGUUUAAGACGCAGUCGAUGGUUUUGAUGAAGCUGUUCUACUUUGUCCAUCCUGCUGAUGGCACAGCCCCCAAGAUCCAGGGGCCUAUUUACAACGCGGAGCAAGCCCCUGGUGGAACAAGCAACCGUGAAUUCUUGAGCAGUUUUGUCGUGAAUCUGUUACGAAAUGCAUUCCCCAACCUCCAACAGGCCCAAAUCGCUAACUUCGUGGAGGGACUGUUUACGCACAACACUCAGUAUGACAAGUUCCGCCUGAACCUGCGAGACUUCCUCAUCUCCCUGAAGGAGUUUGCAGACGAUAACGCGGAGCUAUUCGCGGUUGAGAAGGAACAAGCCGAGCGGGACACGAAGGCGGCUGAUAUGGAGCGACGACAAAAGGUCGGCGGACUGCUGAAGCCGUCAGAGCUGGAUGACGAAGAGCUGUGA